GACAUAGAAUCAAGCCACUCGUUUUGUCGUUUCUGCCGGUGUACUGCUCCGAGUGACUAGAAAACUAAGUCUAAAUUUCGUCUGCUUGACUAAUGAUCGAGACUACCUUUGCACCGGAAGUUGAAGUUCUGCCAUGUAAACAAGAAGUAAAAGUGUAACGUGGAGAGUUUAUUUAUGUAUUUUUACAUACUUUUGAGAUAUUUUAGAACUUCAUUCUUGGCAGCAUCAAACUAGAUCAGAAUGGAUUAUUCAAAGUUUCUUGAUGAUAAUUUUGAUGCUAAAGAAUGGGUAAAUGCAGCUUUUAAGUCUCACAAAGAUGGAGCAGUUUCAAAGGAUCAAUAUGCCACAACACUGGUUAUGAAGCUACAAAUGUUUAUUCAGGAGGUGAAUAACAUUUUAGAAGAGGCCAGUCAACAAGCUCUACAGAAUUUACCCAGAGUUAUGAGAGAAUUAGAUGCUGUAAGACAAGAAGCAUCUUUAUUACAAGAUCAGAUGAGAAUGGUUAAACAAGAUAUUCAAAAGGUUGAACAGAGUACAGCCCAGUCAAUGCAGGUUUUAUUAAAACUAGAUGGUAUUAAAGGUAGAAUGAAAACAACAGCAGAGGCUCUUAAGGAAGCUGAUAAUUGGACAACAUUAAGUGCAGAUGUGGAAGAUGUUUUCCUUUCAGAAGAUGUACAAGCUAUCACUGCUAAACUGACAGGCAUGCAACAAAGUCUUCAAAUGUUGGUUGAUACCCCAGAUUAUGCCGACCGAUGUCAACAUUUAGAGAAAUUGAAGAAUAGAUUGGAAGCUAUAUUGAGUCCUCAGCUUAUUUCAGCUUUUAAUACACAGUCUUUGGAAUCUGCCCAGAAGUAUACGAAGAUGUUUAAGAAUAUAGAGAGACUACCACAGCUAUAUAAAUAUUAUCAUAAAUGUCAUAAGGGUAAGAUAUUAGAAAGUUCCUAA